AUGCGAUGCACAGGUUGCCUAUUCGAGAGAUCUGUAGACGAAGAAUGUCCUUCAACUAGUCGUGGGGCGAUUAGACAGGUAGGUUGGAUGAUGUGCAACCGAGCGAGAAUCUCACAGGAAUCUGCAUGUACCGAACCUUCGAGUGUUACGAACUCGGAAGCGGAUUGGAUAGGUAUCCUACUCCACGUUUGUAAAUCUUUCGAUCAGGAUGGUUCAGGAUGGAGGCUAGUCGUUGGUCAAUUCUUGAGUGUGUAUCUUCUUUAA